AUGAGUGGAGUCGAGCUCGGUCUUGCUAUCGUGGGCACAUUGGACCUCUGUUUGAAGUACGGCACGCUCGUUGUGUCAAAAUACAAGGCGUUCCAGGAAGCAGAGAGCGAAAUCCAGGAACGCGUCACUACAAUUGAAGCAACCUGGAUCAAGAUCUCCCAGCAACUGGAAUAUCUUCAGCGCGUGUGGGAGGCUUUAGACGAGGACUACCGGGACUUGCAGGGGCGCAUCCUCCAAAUACUCCAGCGAAAACUUCAGGCUGCGGUGUUGGAGACCAGCAAACUCGAGAGGCACUCACCACCAAACACAGAUAGACUGGGCAAACGAAAAGCAGGGCGGUAUGUCUUGUCGGUAAAGAAAUCCCUCGACAACGCCAUCCAGGACCUCCAGAGCUGGCAGAAGGAGUUCGACACAACAUGGUUCCUAGUCCUGCGGAUUGCCAAUGCAACCAUCGAUACGGAGUUGGCCAAGCGCCCGGGCACCGAAAAACUGUCCGUUGCAAGGCACCUUCGAGAUGCGCUACAGCCGAAGCCACAACGCAAAUCCUCGGUUUCCCUGCCCGAGGCAGAGUUGAAGUCGGCCAGCCGCUCUGAUAUUCCGUUCUCGACUUCCCAGCUCGUUGAAAUUCCGCGUUUUGGCACCUUUAUCCUGGAUUCGGUUGAUUUCUCGUCGAGAAAAGAUGCCUCGAUGUUCAAAAGGAACGUCCGGGACCUUGCCGUGAAGUUGCAACAAGUUGAGCCAUAUGUGUUUCACAUUCUGAGAUGCUUUGGGAUAGUGCGCACCACAGACCCCACCACGCACCAGAUCCUCUCCUAUGACUUCAUCUUCUGCUUGCCCGAGAACUGCAGCCAGCCUCAAAGUCUCCGCAGUCACCUCCUCGCCGGGGCGAGCCAUUCUCUCGGGGCGCGGAUCAGGAUCGCCAAACAGCUUGCGACCUCGAUCAGUUACAUCCAUGUGUUGGAGUUUGUGCACAAGAACAUUCGACCGGAAACAGUGUUGAUUUUCCAAGACGGGGAUUCUCAACUGGGUCCACUCUUCCUGCUAGGAUUCAAAACCUUUCGCUCGGCCGAUGGUAAGACGCUGCGCCUGGGAAACUCAGAGUGGGCCGAAAAUAUCUACCAGCACCCCGAUCGACAGGGGACGAAUCCUGAUGCGGAUUAUAUCAUACAGCAUGACAUCUACAGUCUCGGGGUCUGCCUGCUGGAAAUCGGGCUGUGGGGAUCUUUCGUCACACCCACGGGCGAUGCAAAUCUUUUCUUGCGCACUUCCACCCCAAACUUAACUGUUCUGGGCAGGAAUGAAUCCUUCAAGAACCACUUUACGCAAUUGGCAAUGGAUCGGCUGCCAGCGCGCAUGGGGGAGAAAUAUACUCAGGUUGUUGUGAAUUGUCUGACAUGCAUGGAUGAAACCAAUCCGGAUUUUGGGGAUGAGAGUGAAUUCGAGGACGAGGAUGGGGUCUUGAUUGGAGUCAAGUAUAUUGAGAAGGUAUGGAGAAUGGAGACCCGUCGAGUCGGUUAUUAUUUCCUUGAGCUAGCCGACGCUGACUCGACCAGAUACUUUUCCAAUUGA